GCAACAUAUAGGCAGGGGAAAUGUCUCUUCCAAGGAUGUGUUUAGAAGACUUGAUCAUUGAAGACAUCCAGACCUGGAAUUCUCUAUGUCGACAAGAAGGAAACAUCAGAACAGAUGAUAAUUCCUUGCCAAUCAAUGAAAUGAGCAGAAAUUUACGGAAUCAACAAUACCUUGCUUUGACAUUUUCCGAAACAUCUCAGCCAGGUAGAAAGAAGAGAUCAAGACAUUCAGAAACACAAAUUACAGUUCCUAGACAUAAUAAAAGAUGUUUAAAGGAAGUUCAGAAGCCAGCUCAUGUAUGGAUAAGGCAUUCUUUAAGAAAAGCAUUCCAAAGAUCAUCUUUUUACUUAAUUAUCAGGAGAGAGGUUCCAUUUAGACAUCCUUAUGCUCCCAAAGUUCGUUCCAAGAAAACAGAAUCUAAAAAUUCUAAAUAUAAUGAAAAAACAACUUUGAAGAAAGAUUCUGAGAAAAAUACAAGCCCACAUGAAACAACUCCAGAAUCCAAGAAAGUAUUAAAUGGUGAGAAAAUUAAAAAAGGAAAUCAAACAUCUAAAACUCCAUCAAAUUCACUGCAUGACAGUGAGAAACCAAAGUACAAAUAUGAAGCAAUUUCAAUAUCCAAAUAUUUGAAGACAAUCUCAAUGAAGAAUCCAGAAAAGGAGAAUGAUUCAAGAAAGCUCAGUGAAACAGAUAAUGAAUCCACAUGUACAGGGGAUACGAAGAGUUCAAAGAACAAUUCUGGUAACAAAUCAGAUAUUUGCUUGAAAAAUUGUCCAAGUAUGGAGUUAGAAGAGUCUGGUGCUAGAUCCACGGAUUUUAAUACAUGGUUAAACAAUUUCUCACAGAAUAAUUCAAAGAAACCUUCAAAGAAGGAGUCAAAGAAAGAUUCAAAGAAGAUUUCUGAUGCAGAAACUGUAGAUUCGAAAGAUGCAAAAACAAAGAGAGAUAGCAAUAAGAAGGAUGUAAGGAAGGACCCAGAGUCUACUGAUGUUGAAUCUGUAGACUCAAAGGAUGAAAAGAAAGAUUCAAAAAAGACUAAGAAAGAUGCAAAGAAAGGAGACAAGAAAAAGAAGGAUGCAGGUUCUACUGAUACUGAAUCUAUAGACUCAAAAGAAACCAAGAGAGAUUCAAAGAAGGCCAAGAAAGAUUCAACUAAAGGUGACAAGAGAAAGGAUGCAAGGAAAGAUGUACUGUCUACUGAUACUGAUUCUGAAUCUGAAUGGAUUUUAAAAAUGGAUAUAAAAGAUGAAAGGAAGGAUAAGAAAAAUUCAAAGAAAGAUGACCAAAAGAAGUAUGAACUAAUGGCUCAAUAUUCUACUGAAUCUGAAUCUGACCUGGAAUUUAAAAUUGAUAAGAAUUCAAAGAUUAGGAAAAAUAUCAAGAACUAUGAUGCAAAGAAGAAUAAAGAGUCCUCUGAUGGAUCUGAUGAGCACUCCUAUAAAGACUCAAAGAAGUCUGAAAUGGCUGAAAGUGUUGAUGCUGAUACAGAAGAGUCAGUGUAUAUGCUUAAAAAGAUGGGAAUUGAUGAGUCAUAUGCCUCAUCUACAGAUUCAAAGAAUGAAGUUCUGGAAUCAAAGAGAAAAUACAGAUUAUCCAGGAAGACUAAGUUCAGAGAAAAAGAAAAAGAAAAAAAGCGUACAGGUAGAAUUCCUCCAUCAAGAGAAAGACCUCCACUACCUCCCUGUGAGCCUUUCCUAUCACCACCUAAGGUCAAACGUCUCUGCUGGUGCAAGGUGCCUCCUCCACCUCCAAAACCAAGAUAUGCUCCUUUGCCUGAAGCAAAGUGGAUUCAUAAACUGCUUUAAAGAACAACUGAAUGUUCAGUUUCACAGAAUGGCCUUACCACAGUAAACGC